CUCCUAUAAAAUCAAUCUCUCUCUUUCCCACUCUCACAAUUAACCAUUAACACUUCAAGGCCAGGCCAAGUAAAGAUGGAAGCUUUCAACACUCACUGCUCUUUCUUCCUCCUAAGCCUUUUGCUUCUCUUUGCUAAUGCAUUGCCCUUCUUAGCUAAUGCAGAAACUCAGUAUCAUGAAUUUGUAGUUCAAGCAACCCCAGUGAAGAGGCUGUGCAACACCCACAACACCAUCACGGUGAAUGGGCAGUUUCCGGGACCAACGUUGGAAGUGAAGAAUGGAGACACUCUUGUGGUCAACGUCGUCAACCGAGCUCAAUACAAUGUCACCAUUCACUGGCAUGGCAUUCGUCAGAUGAGAACAGCAUGGGCUGAUGGGCCAGAAUUUGUGACUCAGUGCCCGAUCAGACCUGGAGGGAGUUAUACAUAUCGGUUUACCAUUCAAGGCCAGGAAGGGACACUCUGGUGGCACGCCCAUAGCUCAUGGCUCAGAGCAACAGUUUAUGGAGCUCUGAUUAUUCACCCAAAACAAGGUUCUUCCUACCCGUUUCCCAAGCCCAAGCGCGAAACACCCCUUCUCUUAGGUGAAUGGUGGGAUGCGAAUCCCAUUGAUGUGGUGAGGCAGGCUACAAGAACCGGGGCAGCUCCAAAUGUGUCCGAUGCGUAUACCAUCAAUGGUCAACCUGGGGAUUUUUACAACUGUUCCAGUCAAGACACAGUGAUAGUUCCGGUGGACUCCGGUGAAACCAACCUCCUUCGAGUCAUCAAUGCUGGGCUAAAUCAAGAGCUAUUCUUCACCGUAGCCAAUCACAGACUCACAGUUGUUGGAGCCGAUGCUUCCUAUCUUAAACCAUUCACCACCUCAGUCAUUAUGUUGGGACCCGGUCAAACCACCGAUGUCCUAAUCACCGGUGAUCAGCCACCUGCUCGAUACUACAUUGCAGCAUGUGCCUAUGCUAGUGCCCAAGGCGCACCAUUCGACCAGACAACCACCACAGCAAUCCUCGAGUACAAGACCGCACCUUGUCCUGCCAAUGGUACUACUUCAGCCAAACCUGUUAACGCAUCUUUACCUGCAUUUAAUGACACCAACACUGCGACGGCCUUCGCUACCAGCCUUAGAAGUCCCCAAAAAGUCCCCGUGCCCACUGAAAUCGAUGAAAGCCUCUUCAUCACAGUCGGUCUAGGACUUAACAACUGCCCAUCAGGUGCCAGCCCAAGCACCUGUCAAGGUCCAAAUGGGACCCGCUUCACUGCCAGCAUGAACAAUGUAUCUUUUGUGCUCCCAUCCAACUUCUCUUUACUCCAAUCGCAUCAGCAAGGAAUACCCGGAGUUUUCACCACCGAUUUUCCAGCGGCUCCACCGGUGAAAUUUGAUUACACCGGUAAUGUGAGCCGGUCACUCUGGCAACCCGUUCCGGGGACCAAGGUGUACAAAUUGAAAUACGGUGCAACAGUGCAGUUAGUUUUACAGGGAACAAGUAUCUUCACAGCUGAGAACCACCCAAUUCAUCUUCACGGAUAUGAUUUCUACAUCAUCGCACAGGGCUUUGGAAACUUCAAUCCCAGCCGUGAUACAUCUAAAUUUAACCUUGUUGAUCCCCCAUUGAGGAAUACAGCUAGUGUACCUGUUGGCGGAUGGUCAGUCAUUAGAUUUGUCGCUGAUAACCCAGGAGUUUGGCUGCUGCAUUGUCACUUGGAUGUUCACAUCACCUGGGGUUUGGCUAUGGUUUUCCUCGUAGAGAAUGGAGUUGGGGAAUUGGAAGCAUUAGAGCCUCCUCCAGCAGAUAUGCCUGUAUGUUAGUAUCAUCAGUAGAAACACUGGGCAAAAUUAGAUUCAAUACGCCCUAUGAAGUGGGUCACAAGUUUUCUGCUGCAAGUAUACCAAAUUCAAUUUUCUUCCCCACAUUGGGGACUAGUUACUUGUUCUUUUCUAUUGUUAUUUUAUGUUGUUCUUUUCCAUUGUAUUGUUCUUUUUGAUACAUAAACUGGGUCAAAAAGAGAUGAUGGUGCCAUGGUACAAUACUAAGAACCAUCUGUCUUGAAAUCAGACCCAACAUGUUUUCUGGUUAUAGCUGUACUGAUCUAGAGCAAAUGAAAGUGUUUUUUUUUAAUUUUUUUUUGAAUAAAUUUAAUAGUUUUCUGAGUCUUGUAUCAGCGAUUCAGCAUAUUGUACAAGGUCAAAAAAACAAGACAACAGAAAUGGAAAAAAAAAAAAAAAA